GACCAAACGAAAGAAUAACGAACAAGAAAAGAGGACAACAAAUAAAACCGAAGGAAGGAAGGAAGGAACCAGAAGGGGAGGGGGCGGAAAUACCAAAUCUAUGCUUGGACCUGGGCUUCUUUCUCGCCAAUGCAAAAGGGAAUAUGCAGCACAUUUUUGCCUUCUUCUGCACCAGUUUCCUAGGGGCAGUGUUGGGGGUCAAUUUCCCCAGCAACAUCCAGAUAGGGGGAUUAUUUCCUACUCAACAGUCCCAGGAACAUGCAGCUUUUAUGUUUGCAUUGUCUCAGUUCACAGAGCCCCCCAAGCUGGCUCCCCAGAUCGAUAUUGUGAAUAUUAGUGACAGCUUUGAAAUGACGUACACCUUCUGUUCACAGUUCUCCAAGGGUGUCUAUGCUAUCUUUGGCUUUUAUGAGAGGAGGACUGUCAACAUGCUCACAUCCUUCUGCGGGGCACUCCACGUCUGUUUCGUAACACCCAGCUUCCCUGUUGACACAUCCAACCAAUUUGUUCUUCAGCUGCGCCCAGAACUACAGGAUGCCCUCAUCAGUGUUAUAGAAUAUUACAAGUGCCAGAAAUUUAUGUACAUUUAUGAUGCUGACCGGGGUCUGUCAGUGCUUCAAAAAGUGCUGGAUACGGCUGCAGAGAAGAACUGGCAGGUGACUGCUGUUAAUAUAAUGACAACAACAGAAGAGGACUACAGGUCACUCUUCCAGAAUCUGGAGAAGAAGAAAGAACGGGUUGUGGUGGUGGACUGUGAAUCGGAGCGACUAAAUGCCAUCCUGGGCAAGAUCAUAAAGCUCGGAAAAAAUGGGAUUGGAUACCACUAUAUCCUUGCAACUUUGGGCUUCAUGGACAUUGACCUGGGGAAAUUCAAGGAAAGUGGAGCAAAUGUGACUGGAUUCCAACUGGUGAAUUACACAGACACAAUCCCGGCUAGAAUUAUGCAACAAUGGAAGAGCAACGAUGCCAGGGAACAACCCCGGGUUGACUGGAAGAGGCCAAAGUACACAUCUGCUCUUACGUACGAUGGGGUUCGGGUAAUGGCAGAAGCUUUUCAGAGUCUCAGGAAACAGAGAAUUGACAUCUCGCGCCGUGGGAAUGCUGGGGAUUGCCUGGCAAAUCCGGCUGUUCCGUGGGGACAAGGGAUUGAUAUCCAGAGAGCUCUGCAACAGGUACGCUUUGAAGGAUUGACGGGUAAUGUCCAGUUUAAUGAGAAAGGACAUCGGACUAAUUAUACCCUUCAUGUGAUUGAAAUGAAACAUGAUGGGAUCAGAAAGAUUGGCUAUUGGAAUGAAGAUGAAAAAUUCGUCCCAACAGUCACAGAUCAACAAGGCGCAAAUGAAACCACAACUCUCCAGAACAGGACCUACAUUGUUACAACUAUUCUAGAAGCCCCAUAUGUGAUGCAGAAGAAGACCAAUGAACCAUUGGAAGGAAAUCUCAGGUAUGAAGGAUAUUGUGUCGAGUUGGCUGCUGAGAUUGCAAAACACGUUGGCUACAACUACAGCCUGCAGAUUGUUGCUGAUGGAAAGUAUGGCGCCCGUGAUCCCGAGAGUAAAUUAUGGAAUGGCAUGGUUGGGGAGCUAGUCUAUGGAAGAGCUGAUGUCGCUGUUGCGCCAUUAACCAUCACUCUCGUGCGAGAGGAAGUCAUAGACUUUUCCAAACCAUUUAUGAGCCUGGGCAUAUCUAUCAUGAUUAAAAAACCACAAAAGUCGAAGCCAGGGGUCUUCUCCUUCCUGGAUCCCUUAGCUUAUGAGAUUUGGAUGUGCAUUGUUUUUGCCUACAUUGGAGUAAGUGUUGUCCUCUUUCUGGUUAGUCGCUUCAGCCCUUAUGAGUGGCAUAACGAGGAGCUAGAGGAAGGACGUGACCAGCCUGCCAAUGACCAAACAAAUGAAUUUGGGAUUUUUAACAGUCUCUGGUUUUCCUUGGGAGCUUUUAUGCAGCAAGGAUGUGAUAUAUCUCCAAGAUCCCUGUCUGGACGUAUUGUUGGCGGAGUGUGGUGGUUUUUCACCUUGAUCAUCAUCUCUUCUUACACAGCCAACCUAGCUGCCUUCUUGACAGUGGAGAGGAUGGUGUCUCCCAUAGAGAGUGCAGAAGACCUGGCCAAGCAAACAGAGAUUGCUUAUGGGACUCUGGAUGCUGGUUCCACUAAAGAAUUCUUUCGGAGAUCUAAAAUAGCGGUUUUUGAGAAGAUGUGGACGUACAUGAAGUCAGCUGAGCCCUCUGUUUUCGUGCCGACAACAGAAGAGGGGAUGAAGCGUGUGAGGAGAUCCAAAGGGAAGUAUGCCUACCUGCUAGAGUCCACCAUGAAUGAGUACAUUGAGCAGAGAAAGCCAUGUGACACCAUGAAGGUGGGAGGUAACUUGGAUUCCAAAGGCUAUGGCAUUGCAACGCCAAAAGGUUCGCCACUGAGAGGUCCCGUAAACCUAGCGGUUUUGAAACUCAGUGAGCAAGGCGUCUUAGACAAGCUGAAAAGCAAAUGGUGGUACGAUAAAGGGGAGUGUGGAAGCAAAGACUCCGGAAGUAAGGAUAAAACAAGUGCUUUGAGUCUCAGCAAUGUGGCCGGAGUUUUCUACAUCCUGAUCGGAGGGCUUGGUCUAGCCAUGCUGGUUGCCUUAAUCGAGUUUUGUUACAAGUCCAGAAGUGAAUCAAAACGGAUGAAGGGUUUUUGUUUGAUUCCACAGCAAUCAAUCAAUGAAGCCAUACGGACAUCAACCCUCCCCAGAGCAUCUGCAGCAGGAACCAGCAGUGGAGAAAACGGACGGGUGUAAACCAUAAGCAGGAGAAAGUACAACCUGUACUGCAAUAAGGAGAGGGCAACUGGACUGGACAGAAUCUGGAGACAUCCCUGAGUCCAUGGUUACAGGAACACUGAGGAAGACAGCGCCAUUUUGUUUUUAACUUGGUUGUUAAUAAGUUCUUAGUGUGUGCAAUAUAUAUUUUUCUUACUAAUUCCCGUGAUGUCAGGGUAAAUACCAGCCCUGCCCUGCUCAACAGUUCAAAAAUCAGGUUUAGUUUGGGAUGCAAACCAUAAAUGUCUGUGCUACUAACAGUGAAAGGAAAAACAAACAAUUCCUUUGAGACAAUAGGAUUCUGCUGUGUUUUAAAGCUGUUGCAACAAGGCUCAGUAGGCCAUUGAAAGAGUUCUCCAUUCCACUGUCAAAUGAAGGAUUUUUAGCACAGUUAAGAAGUCUAACAUGGAAAACAGAAAAAGGAAGACUUCUGAAACAGAGGCCAGUUGUGGUAUCUGGAUUUGGAAGAGCCCAGGUAUACAGAGGUCCAUGUGAUCUUUAUUCCAGAGUUGGCAAGUGGUUAUUUGAGUUGAAAGUGUUACCAGUGUGGGAACUAGAUCACUUUCCAGAAUAUGCUCUUACCAGGCUACCAUAUGGAUAAGUUAGCAGGCACCUAAAACCGACAGGUUUUCCUACAUAUGAUGGAAAACCAAGAAAAUGCAAUAUAUGUAUAUGUAUAUGUAUAUGUAUAUUACAUAUCCUCUUCUAAAGCAAAGAGGCGAUGAUCAGCCAUUCCUCAUUCCUGCACUUCCAUAAGGUUUCCUUUCUAUGGUGAUCUUUGAGUAGAGAACCAUUCAUCACCAGUUAAUCAGACAUCAGAGCAAUUUUGUAUGCAUCUGGCUUUUUGGUCUAUGAGGGCCAUACCUGAUGGACUUUUCAUGGAGUAACUAGGCCACAUUAAAGUUACUAUGACAAGGAAAUCAAUCAAUCAAUCAGUAUUUCACUGACCGUUACCAACAAGGAAGGGCAUUCACCUAGACACAGCCUUCCAUAAUAUUUGCUUGCAGCUGGCCUGAUUUAAAAAAAAAAAUAAAUACAAUGAGUUUCAGGAAUCAAGUCUUGGCCAGCAACAUCAUUUGCAGAAAAGCCAACGGAUAUGGUUUCCAUCUCAUCCAUCAUUAUGAGGGGAAUCGGAACAAUCAAACAGACCAGCUGGAACCCUGUUUGCUACUGAAAACUUGGUCCCUCAUCCAAUACUCAAGCUUGUGAUGAAACACUGAAACUCUCAGAACUGUCCAAAGCACAAAAGAGUGACUUGCUAGCAGUCUUUCCCCAGUCAUGUGCACAUUAGCAUCUACAUUUAAAUGAAAGUUUCAUUUGUAUGUGUGUGUGUAUGUGUGAUAUCACCACCAUAAACAGUAAAAUACUUUAGUAGAAUGGAAAAUGUUCCCUUGAAGAAAACGAUUGAAGUGGAGCAUCUCCUACUCCAUCAUAGAUCUGGAGGAAGCCCAAUCCUUCCCUUUCAGUUCCCACCCUCAUAUAUGCAUUUGCCCAUGACUGGAUGGCAACUCCAGACUUUACAAGGGGCUAAAACUUCCUCCAAGUGCCAGCACAAACCCAGCAGUAUAACAGAAACUUGCUGUAUCUAAUAUCUGAGAGCUGUGGGUACCUUCGUGUGUAAAUCAGGAGACUGUGACGUAAAACGGAGACAAGCCGAUGUGACUCGAGCGCAGCACAGGCUACCGAUGGAAACGGCUUUGUUGUGGGCACCACUCUGCAAUGUAGCAUGUGUUUUUUACAAGUGCAACUGGCAACUGGCUCUAAAACCAAUAAAUGUUCACCCAUGACUUGCUGUGCUUAUAAAAUGUCAACAACUAUCUCAGACUGAUCUCUAGAAACUGAUGUUAACACUCAAGGUGAUGUCGUUCCACCCGUUUCCUCCACUCAUCUUAAGAUGGCACCUGCAUAAGACUGGCGACACAGAAACUUCAGCUCCCCUGAGGAGGGCACAGCAUGCCUAGUGCCUAUUUGUUUGCUCUCAGUGCCAGUGGAAGCCUGUCUGUUUUCAUCAUCCACCCAGCUGUCUGUCAAGACUUGGAUCUCAGCCUCUGAUAAUAAUCUUCAAGGUCUUGUUCUCGGUGUGUGAUGAUGAUGAUGAUGAUCUUUAUUUUAUGUCUGCCGUUGAUUACAUUUUGAGUUUAGCUCUGUGUAUGUGUAUAUGGUGUGCAGGGCACAAAAAACUAAGCCUGCAUUUUUCUUUCUGUUAAGAGAUCUUUGGGUGUCCAAGAAGACCUGAUAUUUCUUUCCAUCCCAAGAAUUUUCAGAGCUCCUGCAACUAUUUUCCACCUUAAAAGGCAAUGGAAGCAGAGUGCAAGGAUUUUCUUCUGUGCGGAACAAAACAAUGCCCUAUAAAACUUUUAAAAACUCUGU